AUGGCAGUGGCCGGUCUUUACCGGAGAGAGCUUCCCACUCCGCCCGCGAUUGAGUUCGCUUCCCCGGAAGGCAAGAAACUGUUUGCUGAAGCUUUGGGAAAUGGAACCAUGGAAGGGUUCUUCAAGCUCAUCUCCUACUACCAGACCCAAUCUGAGCCUGCCUAUUGCGGCUUGGCCACUCUCGCCGUGGUUCUCAAUGCGCUUGCUAUUGAUCCUGGCAGGAAAUGGAAAGGGCCGUGGAGAUGGUUUGAUGACUCGAUGCUUGAUUGCUGUGAGCCUUUGGCCAAGAUCAAAGCUGAAGGCAUUACAUUUGGGAAAGUUGCGUGCUUGGCGCAUUGCAAUGGAGCUGAAGUGGAAGCUUUUCGGACACAUGAGAGCUCCGUUGAUGAUUUUAGUUGUAGACAUGAAGGUUGGAACAGUGUUGCGAAGUACUUGAUAGAAGAUGUUCCUCUACGUAUGAAGUUAGAAGAAAUAAAAGAUGUUCAGGAAGUAAUCUCUGUUGUAUUCAAAUCACCACCUGCCGACUUGAGAGAGUUCGUCAAAUGGGUUGCUGAAGUUCGGAGACAAGAGGAUGGGCAUUUGAUCUUAAGCAAAGAGGAGAAAGGAAGGCUAGCCAUUAAGGAAGAAGUAUUGAAACAAGUAAGGGAGACAGAACUCUACAAACAUGUAACUAGAUGGUUGGCUUCUGAAAGUGCACUUUGUAAAGAAACCACACCACCAGUUGGUAAAGAUUUGUUGCCUGAGAUUGGUGCAAAGGUCUGCUGCCAAGGAGCAGAAAUUUUGGGUGGGAAAGUUUGUUCAUCAAAUGGAACGUGCUGUACGCCAACUGAUGUUAAACUCUUGAAGUCCAAUGGUGAUAAUCCUGUAACAGUGGUGUCAGGAAUUGUAACAACUGAUGGCAAUGAACAAGGAGUUGAUGUGCUGGUUCCCUCUUGUAAAACAGAUCCUACUAGCUUGUGUUCUUUCUAUCAAGGUGGCUGCAUAGGGAUGCAUCCAUCUACAGGUGAUGUUCUCACAGUACUUCUAUUGGCGCUGCCUCCACUCACAUGGUCAGGCAUUAAAGAAGCAAAGCUACUGGAGGAUAUUAAUGGUCUUGUAUCAACUGAUUGUCUACCUUCUUUGCUUCAAGGGGAGGUUCUGUUCUUGCGACGGCAAAUUCACUUUCUCAUGACAGAUAGUGGAGCAUCUUCUCAUUCGUAACUAUACAACGACUUCUUCUGCUUUUGUUCUUAAACCAUUCAUAAUACCAGACAAUGCACUUUUUGAAAGUUCUGGUGAGAUUUUUCAAUGUAUAAUGCAACUAUACAAGAUUAGGAGUUUUACUUUCUACUCUGUUUAAGUAAAUGGUAAAAGAGUCAUGGUGUACGUAAUUGUAACAUUUGUACUGAAUUAUUGG